UUGAAAGCCGAGGCUGUGAAUCGGCGCCGCCAGAAGCCUUUGAGAAAAAGGACAGGACAGUUCCAUGGUGCUGAAACCUACGGAAAGGUAGCGAAACAUUCUUACUGAGAAGGGGUGUGCAUAACGUACAUCUGUCUGAACAUGUUUUGGAAUAACGUUCUCUCUGGAAAAAUAUACAAUUCCAACUGAUGUGUUGCGUGUUGCACACAACGGUGGGUUCCGCUGUAACAAUGGAGUCUCUGAAAAGGUGCGUGCUGCUAAACAUUUUUAUUAUAUUCUUACUCGUUCAAAACAUGUCGACAUCAGAGAUUCAUUAUUCUAUACCCGAGGAAAUGAAAGAAGGCUCCGUUGUCGCCAACCUCGCUACCGAUCUCAGUCUGGAUGUUAAAACACUGAAUGACAGGAAGAUGCGUCUUGACAUCAUUGCUAACAAGAGAUAUCUGGACGUGAACAAAGAGACGGGGGAACUGUAUAUUGUGGAGAAGAUAGAUAGAGAAUACAUUUGCAACACCAAGUCUUCGGCGUCUUGUUAUCUCAGACUAGAGGUAAUUUUAGAGAAUCCAGAACGAAUAUCUAAUAUCGAGGUGGAGAUCAUGGACAUAAAUGACAACGCCCCACAAUUUCGAAGAGGCACCGUAUAUUUAGAUAUAUCAGAAGCGACACCAAAAGGAGAGAAAUUUUCUCUCAGCAAUGCAGUUGAUAACGACGUUGGAACUAAUUCUGUUAAAACGUAUUAUCUUACUGAAAGUGAACAUUUUAAUAUUAAGAUUCAGACCGGUAGAGACGGAUCUAAAUUCGCCGAGUUAAUCUUAACAAAAACCUUGGAUCGGGAGCAAAUAGCGGUUCAUAAUUUAAUACUGACGGCUGUAGAUGGAGGAAAACCUGCUCGAUCUGGUACAGCUAGCGUUAUUGUCCGCGUUUUGGAUACAAAUGAUAAUGCUCCUACAUUUGACGAAUCAGUGUACAACAUAAAAAUAAUGGAAAAUUCUCCGAUUGGAACUCUUGUUAUUCAUCUCAACGCAACGGAUUUGGAUGAAGGAUCAAACUCGGAUAUAACAUACACAUAUAGUUUAUAUACGUCUGAAAAAACACAAGAAACAUUUCAUCUGAAUCCUUCUACUGGUGAAAUUACUGUUAAAGGAAUGUUGAAUUAUGAGGAUUUCAGGAUUUAUGAUAUGGAAGUUAUAGCAACAGAUAAAGGAGCCAACAGUUUAUCAGGACAAUGUACCAUAAAGAUUGUAGUUGAAGACAUGAAUGACAACCACCCAGAAUUAUCUAUCAAAUCAUUUCAAAGUCCAGUCAGUGAAAAAAUUGAGUUAAACACGGUGAUAGCUGUAGUUAGUAUCAGUGAUAAAGACUCAGGUGAUAAUGGAAAGGUUGAUCUGCAUAUUCCAGGUAACAUGCCUUUCAAACUGAGGGAGUCCUCUGAUAACUAUUAUGAGUUAGUGGUGUCAGAGCCAUUAGACCGUGAGAAAGUCCCAGAAUAUGACAUCACGUUCACAGUCACAGACAGAGGUUCUCCUCCUUUAUCUGACAAUGAGACUAUGACUUUAGAGCUGCUGGAUGUUAAUGACAAUGUUCCACAGUUCCCCCAGUCGUUUUAUACUAUACGUGUAAUGGAGAAUAACGCACCUGGAGCCCUGCUCAGCUCACUCACUGCAUUUGACCCUGAUCUCCAUGAAAACCAGUAUCUAGUUUACUUCAUCAUAGAGAGGGAGAUUGUCAACACUUCCAUGUCCAUGCUGUUCUCCAUCAAUCCAGAGAACGGUAACCUUUACGCACUGAAAACGUUUGACUAUGAGAUUGAGAAUGAGUUUCUUUUCCACAUCGAGGCCAGAGACUCUGGUUCUCCUCCACUCAGCAGUAACGUGACCGUCCACAUCAUUAUUGUGGAUCAGAACGACAAUGCUCCAGUCAUUGUCUCUCCAUGGCGUGCACACGGCUCGGUGGUGGAGGAAAAGAUCCCCAGAUCCACUGAUAAAGGCUCCCUGGUUGCUAAGGUGAUAGCCUUAGAUACAGACUCGGUGCACAACUCUCGGAUUACCUACCAGUUUCUACAAGUGACUGAUGCCAGUUUGUUCAGUCUGGACCAAUACAAUGGAGAGAUCCGGACUAUGAGGAUGUUCAGUUACAAAGAUCCACGUCACCUCAGACUGGUUGUUGUUGCCAAGGACAACGGACAGCCCGCUCUCUCAGCUACAGUCACCAUCAAGCUGAUCACAGUGGAGACUGCUGUUAAGACCUACUCUGACAUGACUGAGAUGCCUCUGGAAUACGACAUCUUUUCAGACCUGAACCUGUAUUUGCUCAUCGGUCUGGGCUCAGUGUCAUUUCUGCUGCUGAUCACCAUCCUUGUCACCAUCGUGCUCAAGUGUCAGAGUCCCAAAGGCAGUAAAGCGGCUCCUCCCAGCAGGAACAGUGUGAUCAGUGAGAGGAACUCCACCAUUGCAGACUCCACUCUGGUCUCCAACGAUGCCUACUGGUACAGUCUGUUUCUAGCUGAGACCAGGAAAGGAAAGAUGGUGGUUAGACAGCCUCUGCCGAAGGGCUCCCGGUACAUCGUGUCCAGUUUACCAAGAGGAACAGGACUGACCGAUACUAGUGACUCAGCUGCUUCCACCCUGCAGGUAUGA